AUGAAGCGCCAGCCAUGGAUACACGCCAAUUGGGUCUUGAGACGAUUCGCGUGCCCGUCUCGUCCUGACUUCAUACAGCCAGCUCAAGGCUCACGCACAUUUACCGUCUCGUCGACGCGUCCGUACCGCACCCUCGAUGCCCUUCACAAGGUCGACGUCGAUACCUUCCGAGAACAAUAUUUUGCUCGCGAGCAACCUGUCAUCCUACCGCGCCCUGAAUUCUCCGAUCUGCCCGCCGUGAAGAAUUGGUUUGAAAGCACCAAUCCCCGGUCAACCUCGACGAGCCUUUUGAAAACUCGAUUGAACCUGGAAUACCUGCAGAAUCAUGCGGCCGACGCGUUUGUCCCGCUAGAGCUCACAGAGCUAGCGAAAUCCUGCCCAUCCGCCAACGGCAAGGACAGUUUAUCACGGCAAGCUGGUACAACGGAUGUCGUCAGCUUCAGACAAUUCCACGCGCCCCUGACACUAUUCCUCGAAUGGAUGCGCUCGGCCGAGACUUCGCCCCAGUCAACACGACUCUAUCUCGCACAAUGCCAACUCCUCGAUCUGCCGCAAGUGCUUCGCGAUGACUUUCCGACCCCAGAGAUCGUCGCAAAGGCAGGUAAGGGCGAUAUUUACGAUACAAACUUGUGGAUUGGACACCCUCCUACGUACACCCCGCUUCAUCGCGACCCCAAUCCGAAUCUCUUUGUCCAGCUGGCUGGGCGGAAGGUUGUGCGGUUAUUGGCCCCAUCCGAGGGACAGGCACUCUUUUCUUCAAUCCGGCGACAGUUGGGCAAAAGUGGAGGCAAGGAUGCGGCUGCGAUGCGCGGGGAGGAGAUGAUGCAGGGUCAGGAACGGGCUUUGUUGGAUGAAAGAGUGUGGGGCGAGUCGGCUUCUGCAGGCUCGGAAGGAUCGAGCUCUGGCUACGAGGCCCAUUUAGAGGCGGGAGAUGGGCUGUUUAUUCCGAAAGGAUGGUGGCAUAGCAUCAAAGGCGUUGGAGAGGGCGUGACUGCUUCGGUCAAUUGGUGGUUUCGAUAG